UAAGGGCGUUAAUAUAAUUAGCACAGUUUGCAAAAGGGCGAGCUAGGCUAACUUGACUAGCGGAUGCUAAUGCUGGAGGUUUAUUGGAUUUGACAUAAAAUACGUUUGGCACGGCUAUAUCUGAGAUUUGAAACAUGAAGCCAUCAAAGCCGUUAUUUUUAAAGACCUACGGUAAGGAGAGGCGGAAGCUGUCCGCCUGGAUCUCACCGGAAAACCGCAAGCAGGCCUUCGACAGCACAUGCUCAACAGACGGUGAUGCGGCCGUCUGUGAACCCGCAAAACCUCCGACGUCAAGAGUGAGGAAGACUAGUGUUGCUAGUCGCAGAGCGUUGCGUCCUGCCAAGAAAAGGGCCCUGCUAUGUCUGGCUGAAAAGAGCAGCACCAGUGAUGAGGAGACUCCCCCACCUCCUUCCUGUCCUCGGCCUGUCCAGCAGAGCAAGACAACCAGAGAGAGGAGGACUGGCGUUGCUAGGCGUAGAGCGGGGGGUCAUGCCAAGAAAAAGGCCAACUUAUGUCUCGCAGACACCAGCAUUGAUGAGAACAUCUCUCCCUUCUGUCCUCAGCCUGCUCAGCAGAGCAAGACAUCCAGUGAUCAUCUUCUUUCUGCGGGCCGCUUUGUAACCCGCCGCAGACAUGCUGCUGCCACCAAACACCAACUCCCUAAAUCAACUUUCAGUAUGCUCAACUCUUCAGAUGACUUUACUUCUGGAGCUUUGACUUCCUGGAGGAUUCUUCGGGCAAGGAGGGUCCCCCCGUCAAAUGUGGUAUCGAGUGCAGAGAACUCGAUGAAUGCUGCAGGGACGGCUUGCUUUGCCAUCAACCCCUUCCGAGAGAUAUCCCUCAAUGAGUCGACAGAUCACAGCCUCGGACCCUGCCCCAGGAAACCCAUCUUUUGCUCCACGCCCUCAGCAGGCUCCUUCAGCAAACGGCCACGCCUUAAACCCUUAUCAAUAAAUGAUCAAUCUUCCACCCCCCCAUCAAUGUCAGUGAGUUAUGUAGGCGUCUUCAGCACAUCCCAAGAAGACGUAGAUUCACCAGGGCAGCGUAUCUCCGCACCAUGUUCUGCACCACCCAUUGGACAUCAUUCUGGGGAGAAGCUGCUGUCAAGCCUUGGUGAGCAAGAACCAGACCGGCAGCCCGGGAUCACUAACAAGACGAGUAGCUGUAGUGUGGAAGCCAAAAGCUAUGGUGAAGACACAAAAACCAAGAAUGCUGAGGAAUUGCCAAGUCUGAGUCUGCUCUCUACCGAUGACAACAAAAGCAGAAGUCGUUUUGUGUCAGCAGCCGGAGGAUCAGGGUGGCUGACAGAGGCUCUAAAGGAGAAGUGUUUGACCGAGCACUGCUCGGUGCAGCUAGAAAGAUUGGACAGCAUCUUUGUUUCUCAGCUAAGCGGUCACACAACCUACUCAUCCUGUUUGGGACAUUCAAGCUCCGCCCACAGCCAGCAAACAAGUGAACAGCCACUGUCUGUGGAUAGCUGUCAAACUUUUGACAUUUUACGUUCUUCAGAAUCGUCAUUUGAUCUUCAUUUAUCAGCAACGAACAUGGAAACCAAUGAUUAUAUACAGUCAGUAAAUAGUUUUGAAUCUUCUGAACAUGUUGCUUCAGCAAUUGGCAGUCAAAGCGCCAACAAUUCACCAUCAGCUGAACACUCAUCCGCACAGGAGUCCAUGGCACAGCCAGAAUCAGUACUCUAUGCUGAAUCUACCUACCACAAAGACAGCAGCGUUGAGUCUCUCAUGGACACACAACUACCAGCCAACAGUUCUGUGCAAACACCAUUUGCUGUUGCAUUAAAGGAAAAAAGUCUAACUAAGAAAUGCACAGGUAAGCUCCAAAAAAAUUCUUUGUCACCACAGAAUACAGACCCAAACAAUUCUGGCAAUGACUAUACACAAAACAUUGAGGAACCAGAAAAUCUCACAUCUUACAGUCCGAUAGCUCAGACACUGUCUAAAGACCCAGAAACAGAAGAAAGAGCAGCGUUGCUCACAAAGACUCUAAAGGAGAAAUGUCUAACUGACAAAGCCUUUGUUGGGGUAAAGAGAGUAACAUGUUCACAACUAAAAGAAAUUCUGCAGCUCAAAGACACAUUUAUAGUACCCCCAGAUGCGUCAGACUCGGCCAGUGAGGACCAGACAAAGUGUAGCCACCGGUCUGAGAGUGACACCUAUCCCUGUAAGGAAAUCAACAUGAAAAAGAGAGGCUCAACUAGCUCUAAAAACAAUGUUGCUUCAGACAAAGAAGAAUUUGUGAAGAACUCUUCCAACAUUUCCCACAAAGGAAAAAAGACACAUCUGGCUCCUAAAGAAAAGAAAAGGAGGAGCACGUCCACGGACCGUCCUGGCACAACCAGGAAGGCAUGCGUAAGCGGUCUGAGUGUAAGUCGCUGGAAAAACAAAAGCAGUGCUAGCACACAUGGGUUCAGGACCGGACAGACGGGCGGUAACAAGGCUGUGGACUGCAGCAUAAACGAACUGAUCUCCACACAACCCAGACAGCCACGGGAGCUGUUGGGAACCACCAUCAAUUUCUCCACUCCGAUGAGAGCGAGUCGGCUCAACCUCUCAUCUCUGCUGGCUGACUUCACACCUAACACACACACCUGGAGUCGCCUCAAAGCGGCCCUCUCUGUUCAUCGCAAGGGCAUGGUUCUUUGCACUCCGAGUAGUUUACCUCUGUCAGAGUCGGGGUCACCUAGAAGAGUGAAGUUGGCGGAUAUCAGCCAGGACCUUUUUGCCACACCCUUGCGGACACCACUCCCCAAACACCUCCGGUCACAGCUGCUGAGCCGCAAUUCUACGGUUGCGUUUGAGGAUGCAGAUCUGUCGGAUGCAGAGAAGGUGUAUGCCGAGUGUGGCCAGCAGUGCCCUCUGCCCUGGGAGGAGUGUAUUCUCCCUCACCGUAUGAAACGAUGUGUAAAGAUAGGUGAAGGGACCUUUGGUGAGGUCUUCUCCACCACCAAUGCCUCAGGAGACACUGUUGCACUCAAAAUCAUUCCAGUAGAGGGCAGUGAGAAGGUGAAUGGAGAGGAUCAGAAGACUUUAGGAGAGAUUCUCCAUGAGAUUAUUAUCUCAAAGGAGCUGAGCAGCCUGAAAGAGAAGCUUCAGAACAAGACUCACGGGUUUAUUGGACUCAACGAUCUCCACUGCGUUCAGGGCUGCUACCCUCCAGAUUUCCUGAAUGCUUGGGACAUCUUCGAUCAGCAGAAAGGCUCUGAGAAUGACCGACCAGAUUUCUUUGAAAAGGAUCAAUUAUUCAUAAUCCUGGAGUUUGAGUUUGGAGGCGUGGACCUAGAGAACAGCAAUGGAACGCUGACGUCAUUGGGAGUGGCGAAGAGCAUCCUUCAUCAGGUCACAGCUGCCUUGGCUGUUGCUGAGCAGGAGCUACACUUUGAACACAGGGACCUCCACUGGGGCAACGUACUGGUCAAAACAACCAAGCAGAAGACAGGGAGCUUCCUCCUGAAUGGAGCAGCCCACUCUCUGGAAACUAAAGGGGUGUUGGUUCGCAUCAUUGACUAUUCUCUCUCCAGACUCGAAAUCGAUGGUCUGACUGUGUCCUGUGAUAUCUCUGAGGAUGAGGAGCUUUUCAUGGGCCAGGGAGAUUACCAGUUUGAAAUCUACAGACAAAUGAGACAGGAGAAUGGAAACAACUGGUGUAACUACCACCCCCAUACCAAUGUGCUGUGGCUCCACUACCUGUGCUCCAAGCUGCUUUCCAUGAAGUACCGGGGCUCAGGAGGAAGGGGGGUCAAGGGCAUGCGAGAGGAGCUCACUCGUUUCCAUGGCAACGUCCUCCAGUACAGUUCUGCCACUGAGGCGCUGCAAAACUGCCCCAUGUUUCACUAGUACUGAACGCAUGAUAUGUGAUGAUGCUCACACAUACAGACAUACAUAGUAUAAAGAAGUUACAAC